AUGGCUCUUCCCGCUACCCAACAGGAAACGACCCCACAAGGGUCACCACACUAUGGAGACAACAACUUCCCUCCUCUAUCACCUAACAUACAUCCAUCAACCCAACCAAACGCCCCCACACAUGCUUUACCUACUACCACUCCCAUCACCUUUGCCUCCUUGGUCGACCCUGAAAAACAACGCUCCCUCACGCGCAUAGAACGCGUACUUGGUUCAGAUGACCCAUAUGCCAUUCCUACGGAAUGUCGGUUCGGUACUUCCCCCCACUCUGUUUUUUACGACCUGCCCCAAUCUGAUGACUCGUUCAUGGCCGCCUUCUGGACAGCAAUUCACGCCGCUUUCUCUGAGGAGGAAGCUUUUGCUGAAGUUACCUCUGUGCGCAACAACACACACAUCGUCGAACUUUUACCUUGA